ACACCCGGACUCUCUACAGUGGGUGGAUUACAUGGCUGGAGAAGAUGGAAAGAAGGUUGUCGAUGUCGCGCAUGAAGCGGGAUGAAGCAGACAGGUCAACAGUGGUCCACUGAGACAGAAAGAUAAGGUGGUGGAGAAGAGGGCGAUGAUGUGGAAUUUAAAAAGAAUGCAUGGAAAAAGCUUGUAAACUUAUCAAAAAGAGGAAAAAGUCACAGAGAGGAAAAGGCGCAGCCGAGCUCCCAUGAAUGGCCCUCAGGAUGUUCUCCGGCCAAGCAGGUCUCAAUUUCAGCUUCAACCUGAGCGACGACCUGGAGCUGCUGCUGGAUCCCCCCGCCGAGGAGGAGGAGGAGGAAGAGGGUCGCCUGUCGUCCACGGGCUUCGUCGUGCUCUCCGUGGUGCUGGGCUUCAUCAUGACCUUUGGCUUUCUCAACAACCUGGUGGUGCUGCUGCUCUUCUGCAAGUUCAAGAAGCUGCGCACGCCCGUCAACAUGCUGCUGCUCAACAUCAGCGUCAGCGACAUGCUGGUGUGCGUCUUCGGCACCACGCUCAGCUUCGCCUCCAGCAUCCGCGGACGGUGGCUGCUCGGCCGCAGCGGCUGCAACUGGUACGGCUUCAUCAACUCGUGUUUCGGCAUCGUGUCGCUGAUUUCCCUGGUGAUCCUCUCCUACGACCGCUACAGCACUCUCACCGUCUACAACAAGCGUGGUCCAAACUACCGGAAGCCCCUGUUGGCCGUGGGGGGCUCGUGGCUCUACUCCCUGUUUUGGACGGUUCCUCCGCUUCUGGGUUGGAGCAGCUAUGGCGAGGAAGGGGCGGGGACCAGCUGCUCUGUGUCCUGGACGGCCCGGACCGCCCAGUCUCACGCCUACAUCAUCUGUCUCUUCAUUUUCUGCCUGGGUCUCCCUGUGCUGGUCAUGAUCUACUGCUACAGCAGGCUGCUCUGGGCAGUCAAACAGGGUCGCGGGGGCAUGGCGGAGCCUAUCCCAGCUGACUUGGGGCGACAGGCGGGGUACACCCUGGACUGGUGGCCAGCCAGUGGCAGUAUUAGAAAUGUGGGUAAGAUCCGCAAGACUGCAGCCCGGAGGCGAGAGUACCACAUCCUGUUCAUGGUCCUGACCACGGCCGCCUGCUACCUGCUGUGCUGGAUGCCGUACGGCGUGGUGGCCAUGAUGGCCACGUUCGGGCCGCCCGACAUCAUCAGUCCCGUGGCCAGCGUGGUGCCGUCGCUGCUGGCCAAGAGCAGCACCGUCAUCAACCCGCUCAUCUACAUCCUCAUGAACAAACAGUUCUACAGGUGUUUUCUCAUCCUCUUCCACUGCGACCACUGGUCGGCGCAGAAUGGCAACACCUCCAUGCCCUCCAAGACCACCGUCCUCCAGCUCCACCGCAGGGUGUCCAGCAACACGGUGACCUGCGCCGCCCAGGUCUCCGCCAUCAAACCGCGCUGCACGCCGGCCGACAAGCUAACCACGGCGCCCGAGGUGGCGACCUGAGCUGGGAUACCUCAUCGACCGCUGGAGAAGUCCGUGUGUUUUCCAUGUGAGCUUUGUGUUUGUACGGAGACCGCUCAAUUUGUCAUUUUUGUGCUUUAUUUGUGCUUUGUGUGCUAAAUACAUCAAAAAAGAAAUGCUUAAUGUUCACAGUAUGGUCUGAUGUCCUGUAUGUGGACACUGGAAGCCCCCCAGACAACGCCUCGUAUCGGUUUUCCACUGAGAAGCAUCAGUCUGAAGGACACAAUAACAAUGGAGGAGAACGAGGCUCUGCUGUAUUUUAACAUUUUAUCCAAGAAGAGACUGAGGGCCAGCAAGAAAAUGCUGGAGUAUUAAUACUGCAGCAGCUACACGACUUAGCAGGGGUGUAUUUUUUGUCAUUUCUUCCCGUGAUGACGGCAGUGACGACCCUGGUACCCGGUCGUUCCGUGCCAAAGGCACAAGGCGCGGUGCAGUGGAUUCGGGGGGCAUUCAAUUCCAUAAGCUGCAAGUGUGUGUGUGUCGCAAUAAAAAAAAAAUCUAUUCCGAAAGACCCGUGACUGAAACGCCUGCAACCUCAAAUGAUGGUUCCGAUUCUUUUUGUGUUCCUGAGACCAGUGCAAGCAGCAUGUCAUGCACCGUCUUUUAGCAAAGAAGCUUCGUUCCAUUUCCGUGGUUUGAUCACAUGACGGGGAGGGAAAAAAAAAGAAAAUGAUUUUUGUCAACCAAUAAUGAAAUUGUAUUUUGUUAACAUUAAAACAAUUCAACAUAAACAUAUUUUUGUGUGUUUGACAAAAUACUCAUUUUUGUAACCAUCUAUUUAAAUAUUUGUUAAACACCAAAAUAUUCCUUUGAUUUAAUAAUAUAUAUUAAUUAAAGUAA